CUUGUCGGGAAUGGGACUCGAACUUCAUGCAUCCUGGAAACAUGACGAUGCAGCUCAACCAAACAACAACCAACCACUUGUCAUAAGUAGAUAGCAAACAAACCUGUGACGAAGAAAUUGACGCUUGCCUUGCAAUGCCCCACCCAAGUUGAGACUACCUCGUCCUUUUCCGCCGGGGGAUUCGAGAAUACCGCUCAAAACCUCAAACAAUGGGGGCAGAACCCGCCACAGCCAGUGACUGGAGCUUGACCAACGGUCAUGGGUACAUUUUGGCCCGGGACCGCAGUCACGCUGCCGCCAGCCGUCUCAAUCUCCAGUUCUACCUCUGGAAAGAUGCGCUGAAGUUCAACAUCCACCCUUCUAUCUCCGCCGCGCUGCCCAAAACCGCCGUCAUCGCCGACGUGGCAGCUGGAACCGGCAUCUGGCUCAUCGACACCGCGCGGCAGCUGCCGGAAGCACAACUGGACGGUCUGGAUUACAAUCUACUUCAGUCCCCUCCUCAGAAAUGGCUGCCACCCAACGUCCAGAUGCGGCACUGGAACAUAUUUGACGACAUCCCGGAUGAUCUUGUCGGCAAGUACGACCUUGUCCACACGAGACUCCUUGUUCUGGUCGUCGAGUCCAAGAACCCCCGUGCCAUCAUCCGGAACCUUCGCAAGCUCUUGAAGCCUGGCGGAUACCUGCAGUGGGACGAGCUCGACACGGUGCACAUGACGGUGAAGAAGCUGGAUCCGAAACGGCAAACACCCGCCCUGGAUCAGCUCCGGGAUUGGUCAUGGGCGGAUGGCAGGCAUGACUGGACUGUCCGACUGCCUGAGUUCCUUGCCGAGGAGGGCUUCCAGGACGCCAGGGCUGACUUCAUCGAAGAUCCUCUGGAGCUGGCGAGAGCGUUUAAUGAGCAGCAUCUCCUCACUGCGGAGGAAUUUGCCGAGGGCUUGGUGAAGCUUGGAAAGACGGAGGCAGGUUCCAAGUACUUUCGCAUCGUCGAAGACGCGUAUAAUGAGUCAGUGGCCGGAGCUGCCCUCUGCGUCCCAAGAGUUGUAUGCGUUGCACAGAAGCCGCUGUGACUUGGUGGUCAUGGAGAGGUUGCGUUUAGGGGGUAGUGUAAUUGUUCGCAGAUAAACUGUCGCAAAUAAACCUGAUGCC